CCGGGUGAACAUGAACUAUGCAUGACGUCAUGAGAGCGCCAGCUAAUGAUUGGUCAAUUCACAGCUGUUGUGAUCAUGUGAUGCAGAAAGAUGGCUGCCAGAGAAAGAAGCGAAGAUAGUCUGGACCACAUCCUGGAGCCGUUGUGUUUACCGGAGCCAGCAGCAGAUGCAUGUUCUGAUGCUCCAAGUCCACAUUGUCCACAGUCGCUGGCAUGUCUCUUCUGCUCAGAAUCGCUUCCUGUGACGCAGAAGGACGGCCUUCUCAAACACCUGGUGCUGGAGCACAAGUUGGUCAUUGCUGAUGUGAAACUCAUCGCCGACCUCCCAAAGUACCUGCUGUACUGGAAAGGUAGAUUUUUGGAGCAGCCCAUCACUGAUUUCUGCAGCGUGAUAAAGACCAACUCCACCGGGCCCAUUGAACAACAGGAGCACUACUUCCUGCUGUGUGACGUCCUUCCGGAAGACCGAAACCUGCGAGAGAAGCUGCAGCAGAAACGACUGGUGGAAGUCCUGGAGCAGCAGCAGAAGGAGCGAGAAGACUGCAGCUUCCGUCGCGUCUGCAUGUUCUGCAAUGACGAGUUCACCGGAAACAGGUCAUCGCUGCUCAAUCACAUGGCCAGAGAACACGCCUUCAGCAUCGGGCUGCCCGACAACAUCGUGUACUGCGACGAGCUGCUGGACACAUUGCAGAGCAAAGUGGACAACAUGCAGUGUUUGUACUGUGAGAAAACCUUCCGAGACAAAGUAACGCUGAAGGACCACAUGAGGAAAAAAGCUCAUCGCCGCAUCAACUGCAACAACCAGCAGUAUGACCGUUUCUAUGUCAUCAACUAUCUGGAACUCGGGAAGACCUGGGAGCAAGUGCAGAGCGAGGACGACCGUGAGCUUGUGGAUGAUGAAGACGACGACUGGUCCGACUGGCGGUCUCAUCCGGUCUCGGUUGUGUGUUUGUUCUGCGCCCAUCAAUCGGAGACCAUGCAGCAGAUCUGCGCCCACAUGAAGGAAGUACACGGCUUUGAUCUCCAUCAGCUGAGGACUCAGCUCAACCUCGGGUUCUACCAGCAGGUCAAACUAGUCAACUUCAUCCGCCGGCAGAUCCACCAGAACCGCUGCUACGCCUGUCAGGGCAAGUUCCAGUCCAGAGGCGACGUGUUGCGCCACAUCGUGGACGAAGGUCACGUGAUGGAUCUGCCGCCCGUGUCGGCGUGGAACCAACCACAGUACUACUUCCCCACCUACGAGAACGACGCCCUCCUGUGCACGUUAUGCGACAGCGACGGCGAUCAAAGUGAAGAAAACAAUCUGGACAACGGCGUUCCUGUCAUCGCUGAGGACGACUUGGAGCUGAGACGUGCGAAGGAGGAGAGCGUCCUCAGUAAGCUGCUCAAGAACACGACUACGUCACACUAGAUCAGAGGUGUCUGACAAUCUGAUUGCUGCAAAUUCGACGCCAUGUUAUGGACAAUGAAUUGUGGUUUGAAGUGUACAUAGCACAGCAUUUACUUAUAUGACCCAAAUCAAACAACCUUCCUUACACAUGGCACAAAAAACCUGCAACUAACACAAAAAGUCAACACAUACGGUCACACAUAAUACAACCUGCUCACUGAACUGUACAAAAAAGACCCACAAUAAUAAAAAAAAAAAUCUAAAUUACACCUCUUUGAAUCCAUUACAAUGCAUGGUGGGGAAAAAGGCAAAACACUCUUUCCAUGUUUGAUGCAUUUUAGCUGCUUGAUAUUUCUGAUUGGGCAGCAUGGUGGCACAGGGGUUAGUGCAUGCGCCUCAUAAUACGAAGGUCCUGAGUAGUCCUGAGUUCAAUCCCGGGCUCGGAUCUUUCUGUGUGGAGUUUGCAUGUUCUCCCCGUGACUGCGUGGGUUCCCUCCGGGUACUCCGGCUUCUUCCCACCUCCAAAAACAUGCACCUGGGGAUAGGUUGAUUGGCAACACUAAAUUGGCCCUAGUGAGUGAAUGUGAGUGUGAAUGUUGUCUGUCUAUCUGUGUUGGCCCUGUGAUGAGGUGGCGACUUGUCCAGGGUGUACCCCGCCUUCCGCCCGAAUGCAGCUGAGAUAGGCUCCAGCGACCCCCCGUGACCCCAAAAGGGACAAGCGGUAGAAAAUGGAUGGAUGGAUGGACAUGUAAAAUGAUUCACCUCAUAAUAUUGUUAGAAAAUUGCCUAUGCAAAAGAAUCACUUAAUUAAAUAUUCAGACACAGUGUGGCUGUUCAAAUCGUGUGUAACAAUACAGUGGCCAAAUAAUACUUGUUAAAUAAAACCUCUGCCUUGUUUUAAUGAAUAUUUAGGCCUACUACCCUACUGUAUUUUAAUGCUGGUCAUUAUGGUGGUACUUGGAGAGCCAAGUUUUUUCUGAGGUGGUACUGAAAAAAA